ACCGACUCUGUUACUCACGCGUUAUCUCUACAUCUCUUUCUCUCUCUAAGUUGUUGAUAACUCUCUCUCUCUUUCUCCCCUAGCGAUCAAAAUUCGAAUGGGUCUUUGUGUAUCCGUUGGUCGCAGCGACUGCGAUUCAUCGCCGACGGCUAAAAUCGUGACGGUUAACGGCGAUCUCCGGGAAUACAAUGUCCCGGUGUUAGCCUCUCAGGUUCUUGAAGCGGAAUCUUCUUCUUCUUCUUCAUCCUCGUCGCGGACUUCCUCUUACUUUCUAUGUAACUCGGAUUCUCUCUACUACGACGAUUUCAUCCCGGCGAUCGAAUCGGAGGAGUUUCUCCAGGCGGAUCAAAUUUACUUCGUUCUCCCCGUCUCUAAACGCCAGUACCGUCUCACGGCGUCGGACAUGGCGGCUCUCGCGGUGAAAGCUAGCGUCGCGAUCGAGAAAGCCGCGGGGAAGAAGAAUCGCCGUCGUAAGAGCGGGAGGAUAUCUCCGGUGAUGAUUUUGAAUCGGCCUAACGAACGGAGCGUCGCUGUUAACAGAAAUGCAAACGAGACGAUGAUGGCACAAAAGGGAAAGGUGCUCAAUAAAACGACGCCGUUUAAGACUGCUACUACGAGCGGUUAUUCCCGGUCCGGUUCGGUACGGAGAUUGAAAAGAUAUGCCUCUGUGCGAGCCAAGAAGCUUGCGGCUCGAUCGAUUAAAAGACUCUCGACCAUCUACGAAGGAACCGUGUUUUAGAUUUAUAAAACUUACAUUUCAACGCUUUAAUGCUUUUAACGUUUCAAUGAAAACGAUAUCUGUAUAUUUAACGUUUGCACUUUGCUUUUGUGAUAUAAUGUUUUCACAUUUUGUUGUGUACCAUAGUUUAGCCCUUAAUUAUAAACCAAAUACGAAUCACUCUGUUGCGACUUUCAUGAA